AUGGAUGAACCAGCAAAAGGCAAUGAUGCAGCUGAAGAAUUAGAGACGCUUUCGCAGAAUGUAUUGUUUUUGAUGAUGCUCAUUUUUUGCGGCGGCACAUUCUUCAUGACAAACAUGUCAAAAAUACCUCUACCAUAUACAGUAGUUUUGUUUUUGUACGGAAUUUUUGUCGGUUUUUUUGCUCACUGGAUCACCCCAGAUGUUGCUACAUCACUUGGCAAUAUUCCACCGGAGCUUCUUUUCUAUAUAUUUCUUCCAGUAUUGAUCUUUGAGGGGAGUUAUGCGAUGAAUGUGCAUGCACUACGUCGUGUUUUUCCUCAGGUACUAAUUCUAGCUUCUGUUGGUGUUGUUGUUAACACUUGUUUGCUUGCCUUACCUGUGGCGUGCUUUUUUCCAGAAUGGUCAUGGUAUUCAGCUCUGUUGUUGGGAUCCUUAUUGUCUGCGACUGAUCCUGUGGCUGUCGUCUCAUUAUUAAAGGGUCUUGGUGUUGACAGUAGGAUUACUGCUAUGGUAGAUGGUGAGGCUAUCAUGAAUGAUGGUACAGCUAUCAUUGCAUUUAAACUAUUAUUGCCUGCUGCACGAGUUGGCUGCUUGAAGGACUCAACGUGGAACAUCAUUCUAAAGGGUGUACAACUUGCAGCUUUACCCAUUAUUGUGGGACCUGUUUUUGGAUUUAUACAAUCAUAUUGGUUACGUCAUGCUACAGGUGGUAUUGUGAAGACAUGCAUCACAGUAUCUGUCACAUAUGUUUGUUACUAUGUUGCUGGAAAUAUUAUAGGUACUAGUGGAGUGCUAACACUUUUUUUUAGCGGAACUUUUUUGAGCUUUUAUUGUCCCUCUUUAUUUCCUGGUCGUGAAGGAAAUUUGGUAUACAACAUCUGGGAAUUUCUGGUGCAUCUUGGGAACACAAUGCUGUUUUCUCUGGUGGGUCUCAUUUUGGUGGCUGAUGUGGUGCCUACACUAAACAUAUUGGACCUAAUAAUUAUUAUAUGUAUGUACGUAGCAGUGAUCAUGGCGCGCUUUUUAAUGUUAGAGAUUCUUUUACCAAUUUUAAACCUUUUUCCAUACCGGAUGUCACAGCGAGAGGUCACUCUACUUGCACAUGCAGGACUGCGAGGAGGAGUCGCAGUCACACUUGCUUUGGCGGUUCUUCAAACCGGAAUUGAAGCUGGUGUGAAUAUUUUGAAAGUUACAUGUGGAGUUGUACUUUUGAGUUUAUUUAUAAACGCUACAACUGCAGAAAAGGUUGUGACUUUUUUAGGUCACAAACGUAAACAAGAACACAGAAUGAUACAGAUGGAGUAUGCCAUGGAUCACCUGGAGGUUGUGAGGCAAAAGGCGCUUCAAAAGAACAAAAACAAUGUGUCUUACAGAAGUGCUAACUGGGCUGCAGCCGAAGCGUAUGUAAAAGAGCAUCUUUUAAAUCCUUAUAAAGGUAUGAGUUACUUGAGAGAGGAUGAGGAUACCGUUGUUAAUCGUCUUCUUAUGAAAGCCUUUAAGGCGUCCCUCUGGCGCCAGCGUGAUGAGAACCUCAUAUCCGAAACUGUUGUUUUAACCAUAUCACGUGCUGUCGCACGUGCUAUAGAUUCUGGAGAGUUGAUUGAGGUUCGGCAUUUGCAUCGGAGAAAACCAUCUCCACAUGUCGAAAUGACUGAAGAAUUAGAGGCCCGCUUAAUAGAAGAAAAUCUUAAGCCUCUAUGGGUAACUGUUUCAGAAAUUUUUUUGGGAAAAGGAUACUUGGAGUGGGCACAUGUACGUGUUCAGCAAAAUGCGUUUAUGACCUUACUUUCAUUUGCACGGUGUCUUGAUGAGGUAAACCCUAUUAAAUACCAAUAUGCAAAAAAUGAGCUACAUGGGCGACGCAUUGAAGCCUGGAUGACAUCGCAGAGAGAGGAAGUUCGUCGUGUUAUACGUCUCUUAUAUGAAACAUACCCUGCAGCUACAAUGUGUAUAGCUACUAGUCGUGCGGUGUUGAGAGCUGUGAAUGAACUUCGUAAAGGAGUAGAAGAAUUACAUCAUUAUCAUGGUUUCGGGGCAAAACCCACCGCCGCUUUAGAAGAAAUGGUACAGCAUAUGUACGAACAUAUACCUCGAUCAUGGGAACCCCCGAGACUGGAUAAUGAAUUGGUUAUUGCGGCUUUGGCAGCGACACCAUUAGGCCGUGGACUUGAUCCUGAAGAAAUUAAUACUUUAAGUGCCAUGGGGAGCACAAAGAAUUUAUAUGAAGGUGAAGAAAUUAAAUUGGAAGAUAAAUUAUUUCACGUUAUCGUUUUUGGUUCUUUGAAACCGAAACUUAAUCGUUGGACAGCUUCCAGCGAGGGUGAAUACGGAUUUGGUUGCGUCAUUGGUCUCGAGCGGUUUGUUGUUCCUCCACAGUUACGCGAUAAUCAGAUGAACCGUUGGGUUGUGACGAGCACAGAGUGUCAGGUUCUUUGUAUUGCAUAUAGGUAUAUUGAGCCGUUUCUAUGGGAAAAGUCAUUUGCCUCUGUGCGGGCCUUUUGGCGAGCUGUGGCAGUGGAAACGCUUCUUCCUACCCUGGAACAUAUGAUAACCUUGCCAGUCAAUUUAACACAGUCUUCUCGAGAUCAUUUUACGAGUAUUAUGAUGAGUGGAAAUCCUCUCAUCGGCCCAAAGGAGUGUAAUGCCAUGGACUGGUCACUUCAAUUUCAAUUAUGUUUUUAUAUACGUGGAUCUGAUACCACUGGCCUUUUUUGCAACGGACAUACUGCACCUUGUUAUGUUUCAGCAUUUUUUGCCAGAAGGUUGAAAUGGGAAGAUCCACAAGUUGUGCUAUAUGCUGUUCCAGUAAAUGUAAGUGAUAGUGGCUAUGUUCCAUGGUCACAGAGUGCCAACAAGAGCCCACGUGGAUCCUUUAUGCCACAGAGAUCUUCGGCAGCUGAGGCAGACCUUUCUUCUGCCAUGAUGCUGGACUACAUUCAUCAUGAACCUUCCAGUACAUACGCAGAGGCGGCGGAUAUAUUCAGCAGUAUUCUUCGUGGUAUUAUCCCUGGUGAGAAUCAGCCCAGAUCUUUUAAAAUUGAUCCCCCCGUCGCGGAUGUUGGCUCAUUCGACGGAGUGGAUGCCUGUAUCUUGCAAAACCCAGAAAAUUUUGUUACAAAUGUGCCUUACCUUAAUCAACUUUUUUUGCGCUACGCGACGGUACUUGAAGGAUUAUGUAUUGCUGCCCUGAGGUACGUUCGUGUUCCGACAGACCCUUUGAACGCCAAGCAUGCUCAGUACAUUUCAGAACAGGCAUUAGAAUUUCUUAUGGUGUUCUUUAACGAGCUUACGAUACUCUCCGCUGCGCUGCGCCGUCUUUCACGCAGAGACACAACAACGAGUUCUUUUGCCCAUGGUGUUAAAAGGCAGGAAAAAGAGGAACAGUUGCAGGAUGACGAACUGGAGGAUAUAAGGAUGAUAGGCAAGGUAAUUAUGUGGCAUCGUGUGGCAGAGAUGCACGGAGCGUUUCAAUUAAGGACAAUGGUGCUUCAGAUGAAGUCUCUGGCGAAUCGGCGGUUUCGUUACCUAUCCGAAUCAUUAAGGGCUCUUGCUGAGGAGCAACCGAGUUUAAAAGGGGCUGAUUCUGUGGAAGAGUUACAACGCAUUCUAUUGGAUCUAAACCCCUGA